AUGAUACCAUUUCGUGGUGAUCAAUUUGAUCAUUUCAAUAAUGGACAGCCUGUUAAUCGACAUAUUGUCCGAUUUCCUCAACAGCAGCAUCUAGUACAACCUGCUCAAUUGAUGUAUCAACCACCAACAGUUCAUAGUUUUCCCCAGUCCUAUUCUAACAACAUGUCGAUACAGCAGCAGCAACAACAGCAACAGCAACCAUUACUUAUGUUUGUUCCUACACGGCCGUGUCCUCCACAGCCCUGGGUGCAUUCAUCUCCACCUGUUCCGCCUUCACUUCCUGCACCCAUUACAUCUAUGCCAACAUCACAGCUCGCUUUCCAGCACACUCAACCGCCACAGCCUUCAUUCAGUGGAGGAACGGGCUCUUCUCAUACAUCUUUCAGUAGCAUGCCAAAUCCUCCUCAACAUUCAUUCGGUGCCGGUACUGGUAUACCUCAACCUUCAUUUAGCGGUGGUACAGCUUUGCUAAAACGGAAAAGUCAUUACCUUGAAGAAUCUGAUGUAGAACUACCACCACAUUUCAACAACGCAAGUUCAAAUGAGCUUCCAUCUCUUAUGGGUAUUUCUACACCAUCAUACAAUAAUAAUAACAACAAUCAACAACAUCGUUUUCGACCGGCUAAUCCAAGAAUGCGCUUUCCACCAUCCGGAGAAUCGUUCAAUACUCAACUAUCAAAUUCUAAUUGGAACAGCAACGAUCUUAAUACAUAUUUUAUACCGCCCCAAAUGCCGCCAAUGCCACCAUCACAGUCAAUUCGUAAUGAACAACAACUAUUAACUAGUCAACUUUUUCAAAAACAUCAGCUCAUUCCUAUUGAUAGUAUUUUGAAAGAGCCUGGCCGUUCACAACGACCACCACAAAUCAUUAUAUUUAUGCGUGGUCUACCAGGAUCCGGAAAAUCCUACGUCGCUGAUUUAAUCAAAAAUGAAGAAGAAUUACAAUCCAAGGGCAGUAAUAAACCGAAGAUUCUUUCUAUCGAUAAUUAUUUCAUAACUGAAAAUCAACAAGAAACUAAAGAUCCUAAAACAGGCAAAAUUGUUAAAACUUCGACAAUGGAAUAUGAAUAUGAUUCUAAAAUAGAAGAAACGUAUCGUAAAAGUCUUCUCAAACAAGUACGCAAAUCGAUUGAUGAUCGUUUUUAUCCGUUUUUAAUUGUCGAUCAAAACAAUGAACAACUUGUACAUUUUCGUGAACUGGUAGACUAUGCCGAAGCAAACCAAUUUCAAGUUUAUUUUGUUGAACUAAACAACGAUGUAGAUUCAUGUGCACAACGGAACAUCCAUAAGCGAUCUUCUGAUGAUAUUCGACAAAUUCAAAAAUCCUGGGAACAACUGCCAUUACGAUAUGAAAUUCUCGAUAUUCGUUCGUUACUACAAUCGGACGCUAUUGAUGAAGUUGAAAUGGACGAUGCUCCUCCGCCAACCGAAACUGAACUGAAUGAAGUCGAAGAUGAGGAGGAGGAUGAAAGUCAGAUUACCAAAAAAAGUAAAUGGGAAACAAUGAUGGAAACUAAUCCUGAUCGUCUGGAUGGUGUGUAUCAACGUCGUAAUUCGUCAACGGCGCCUUCGUCACCACCGAUUGAAAAACGAUUGAAUAACACAACGAUCAGUAUUGAUGAGCAGGCAAACGAAUUAUCCCCGAAUCUUCAAUCGAAGAAGAAAAAAGUUCGAUGGGCUGAUGCCGAAGAAAGUGCUCUCCAUCUACAUAAGAAAGCGGUUGGCUUCGUAGUUGGUCAAACGGAACAAGAUUGGCAACGUAUGAGUGAUGAUUAUGAUCCAACGCAUUUCAUUUGUAAAAUAAAGAGCAAACUUGAAACUUACGGGUUCAGUUUAUUUAUAGAUAAUCAUACUAAUAAAAGGCGCGUUACUUUUUCGAAUGAAAGCAACCGUUUACUAAUGGCCUGUCCACCACCUCUGUCAGCCAAGGAUGAAAAAUCAUUCGCUUACGAAACUAUCAAAGAUCGUCUACCACUGAUUGUCACAAGAAUUGUUGACUUUCUUGCUCGACAUCGUAGCGGCAUCGCAAAGCAAUACGGCGAAGUAGGCGAAAAUGAAUGUAAAUCAUGCAUUGGUGCCAUGGACAAAUUACGAUAUGAAAUAGCUCGUGAUAAAUCAAUUUUGUUAUUGAAUGAUUAUCAUACAGAUGAUCUUCAAAUUUGGAAUGAAUGUUUACAGAAAGAAAUGGAUCAAGGUAAAGUUAUCAGUUGGUUUCAAAGCAGCUGGUUACUUGUUGAAUGUUAUAUGUAUCGAAAGAUUGCCGAAGCAUUUUAUUCAACGAAACAUCUGCAACAUAUAGAUCCAUUCUUUGAAUUGAAACAGCAUACUUUCUAUGCGUCUAUGGGAGCUAUUAACGUUUUACUUGCUCAAUUGAAUGUAGAUAUUGAACAAAAUAUCGAUGUCGUGAAUAAUAAGUCAACUAUUGAACAACAGUUUUACAAUUACAUGGAAAUUUCUCUUUGGGGAAAUCAAUGCGACUUAUCCUUAUCAGGUGGAGCCCAUAGUUCUCAAGAGCACGAUCCAUUUCAUCAAAUAACCGAACUCAAAUCUCAUAUAUUAAUUAAUCAUGCAACAUCUGUUUUUAAUUAUCUCUUGGAUCAACAAGCGUAUCUAUUAAACUUCGAUGUUUCCGUCGAUUUCGUUCUCGAUAAUGCUGGUUUUGAACUAUUAACCGAUCUAUGUUUAGCUGACUUUCUUAUUAGCAAACGUUUAUGUUCACGAAUCACUCUCUAUCUAAAAUGCUUGCCAUGGUUUGUGUCCGAUGCAACAAAAAGUGAUUUCACUUGGCUUUUAGAGCAAUUGAGUAACACAUCAGCGGAUCCUGCUUGGCAAGCCGCAGCGAAACGAUGGCAACAGUACAUACAAAAUGGCCAGUGGAUAGUACAAACCCAUCGAUUUUUUACACUACCCUAUGAUUAUUCCAAAAUGCAACAAAUCUCUCCCGAACUCUAUUCAGUUAUGUCAGAAUCGAAGCUGAUUAUUUUCAAAGGUGAUCUAAAUUAUCGAAAGUUAGUCGGUGAUUUACGUUGGCCAGUGAAUGAACGUUUUGAAACAGCACUGCGUGGUUUUCAACCAACAUCGUUCGUGGUUUUACGAACAUGUAAAGCUGAUGUACAACUUGAAUUAGAUCUUAAACUAGUGCAACAAGUCGCCAAGCUCGAUCCGAGAUGGAUGGUGAAUGGCAAAUGGGCAGUGAUACAAGCACACUUCAAAAAAGAUACAGACAAAGAAAUCUAA